AGAAGAUGCCAACAUGUCAAAAAUAUCCACAAUUAUUGUGCCAUGAAUUUAUUACAUACAGUUCUUAUUGAAAUAUUGACGAAUUAUAGCAAAAUGAUAUUUACAAUGCAAUAUUAGCACUCACAAAAUUAAAAUGACCAGGUAAACAUUCCACAACGAUUAUAUUUAGUCAGUAAACUUACUUAGUGGUCAACGCAAAUGACCACUUUGACUUUGAUUUUCUGACUUACUUAGACUUAGUGACACUUUGACUUAGCCUUAGUUACUUAUAUUUAUAUCGCGGGGAAAGCAACUGACUUUUUAAUUAUCCUAGCCUUUAACUUUUCCAUAUAAUAAAAUAGUUUAUUCUGUUGCCUUUUAUUUUACACCCUAUUAACUAUUAAUAGUAGUUCAGUAUACCAUAGCAGUCUAUGUCUAUUGUGUAUACUAUAAGUAGGUAUAGUUUACAUUCACUCAUUUAAAAAAACACAUCUGCUAAAAUGGUGAUGGAAUGGGAGAGAACUUGCUCGUUUAGCUAUUUGGAGAAAGAAACGAAAGUAGGAACAAAACGUUAACAUUUGAUAAAAUAAUUUCAGCUGGUAGAUAAAUUUCAUGGCGAAUGAAAAUAUGGUAAAUUUGGAGAGAUAGCACCGUGGCCGCCAUCUUGGUUGCCGCGACUCGCGAACUUAUGUCCUAAAUGUAUCACUAAACCUAACCUGAACCCUAAAUCUAUUUCUAAACCUAACCUGAACCCUAUCGGAACCAGGGUUUUGACCCUAUUGGAACCAGGGACAUAACACGCAAAUAAUGUCAGGGUUCUAUCUCUUUAAAUUAGCCAAAAAUACUUAUUGUAUCCCUCUAGCUCAGGCCUACACGACAUACAGGCCGCAUGUGGCCCACCAGCACCAACUUUGCGGCCCGCGAAGUAACGAAAUAUUUUUUAUUCUUAUUAUUUUCUUUAUAGCUUUCCCCAUGACAUAUAUUCUUUUGGCCGCAGAAGUCUUGUCCUACUUUCUUUUGGCCCGCACAAGUUUUUCAUAAAGUAUUACGGCCCGCCUUACAUUUUGAGUAGUGCAGGCCUGCUCUAGAUAUUCAGCAAGAAGUCUAACUGACCUGAGGUCGCGCCCUUUCCUAGCAUAAUUUCAGCCAGUACAUGCUCCUUUCCCUCAAUUAAAACACAGUUACACACAGUAAAAAUUUAUAAAAAAAACAGUAUUUUAAAAUAAUGAAAACACAAUUUACAGUUUGAUAAUCAAACUUUGAUACGAAGCAGGUUUACACACUUUUUCAGGUUCCACAGAAAAGAAAAUCCAAAAGUUGUCAGGAAAUCAGUACAAUACUAUACCCAUUUUCUAAAAUGCCGGAAAAUUUAAAUAUUAUAAUUAACCAACCACUGAAAUUUUAAUUAAAAAACAUUCUAUUAUGGUAUUAAAGAAAAGUUAACUCUAGUAAAAAUACAAGAAUAAACAAAAGGGAGAAAAUCCUACACACACAUAUGUCAUGGUGCAGAUUGCAGAAAUUGAAAAUUUCAUAUGUCACAAUGAUUGUUAUUGGCAAUCAACUUAGCAUUCAAACAAAUAUAUAGAAAAAUUUUUAAAUAUUAUACAAAUAUAGUAUCUUCAUACAAUAUUCAUUAGGAAUGAUAAUUUUACCUCUUUUUUUGCUGAUGACAACUAGGCAAUGUUUAUUAUUGUUUAUUAAGUUUAUAUCAAAGUCAGUCUCUUUGCAUUCAACACUUAGUAAAGCUAGAUCUUUGUUCAGUGUUUUAGCUAAUUUAGUACAAGUAAACUAACUUCAAAUUAUAAACAAAAUUGAAUUUAUAUUUUUAUGUAUAAACUUUUUGUCCAGCGAGGCUAUUUUGUGUCGUCCCACCCCCCAAUUUAUUUUUAAAGUGGUGUCCAUCCUUCGUAUGCCCCUGCCCUGAUCCUAUACUUUUUUCCCUUGGAAGGUGGUACAGAUUAGCUGUUCAACAAUGCUGUACAAGUAAUAGUACUAAAGUACUAAAAAUGCUAUUAAUUGUUAAUAAUUGUUAAAGUAGGCGUCUCAUCUUAAUAUCAGAUAUAAUAUUAUAAUUUUUAAAUUUCAAAGACCAAACCAAAAAGUCAAAAGUGUUUCAAAAGUCUACAAUAGUCUACACAAAAAAUAUUUCAUCAGUUUUAGCACAUAAGCUAUGCAUUAGUGAUCAUUCUUUAUGAAUGAUUGAAUAAACAAUAUUGGGGGAGGGGGUAUGGUUAGAAAAUAUUUAAUUUAUAAGAAACUGAUAAUAAGACUAAAUUAAUUAUUUCAUGAAAGGGAUUUAAAGUAUAUUAUUUAAUAUGUUUGUAUUGUUGGACUAUGCUUUAUCAUAAAUGGUAUGUUCUUUUCGCUUAAGGCUUGAUGCAGUUUUCUAAGUCAUGGUAUUACCUGGUAAGCAUUGAACUGAAGAAAAAUUUUCUCCGCUGAUCUGAGACACACAAAAAAAAUGGUUCAAAGAUUUACAGGGGACAUACUGCCAAGUCGAAACUUUAAUUCAUCUUCAGGGUAAUUUUUUAAACUUUUUCAAGUGAAUUAAAGUGAAAUACACUUGUACAUCAGUCUUUUUAUCAUUUUUUUUUAUUAUUAUUAUAUUGACAUUUUGCUCAAGUGGUUUUAUUUUGUUUAAAAUUUAUCCUAAGUUUAUUUUUUCUGCCUUCUGUAAAAAAAAAAAUUAAACUGUAUAUUUUUAUUUUUUUAAACUUUUAUAUUCAAUUUCAGGCUUACAAUAUACAUAGUUCUACUGAUAAUUUCAAAAGUACUGAAAGCUGUUGGGCUGUUUAUUGCAUAUGACAUCCUCAAGCUCAUUCCAAUUGUUGUUUUUCUUUUCCUUUUUAAAGCAGGGUAAGUUUUUGUGCUUUUUUUUAUAGAGUAAUAAGUCUGUAGAGCAGGCCUGCACAACAUACGGCCCGCAGGCAACAUGCGGCCAGUGAAGUAAUUAAAUAUUCUUUAUUCUUAUUAUUUUCUUAAUAGCUUUCCCUCAUGUCCUAUUUUCUUUUGGCCUGCACAAGUUUUUCAUAUAGUAUUACAACCCUCCUUACAUUUUGAGAUGUGCAGGCGUGGUAUAGAGGGAUAAUUCUGUAAUAUAAACAUUUGAAAAUAUUCAUUCAGUCCUCAAGUGCAAGCCAAUGCAUAAGCAGCACCCAUGCAACACUCACUCACUUUGUAUGAAAUAAGGGUUAAUUUAUUUUAUAGAAAUCAAGCUUUCAGUUUAUAAUUCUUCAUAUCUAUUAUUUCAUUUUGUGUUUGCUUUUCUGCCUAUAUAUUAUAAUAAUUAUAUUAUUUAUUAUUUCCUUUAUAUAUUUCUUUAUAAAUGUCUUGUAUUUUUUAAAAAAAAUGCUAAAACUUUUUACAAAUACUUAACAAUGGCAACAAUUAAACAUUUUCCUAUUAAAAAAUAAUUGUAAGGGGCAUCGUAUUUGAGAAUAGGGCAUGUUCCAAGGAUUAUGUAACAACAAAUGGAUGAGACACCUUGUUUUAGCAUUAUAUAUAAAAUUUUAAAAGUGUGUAAAUUUCUUCUCAUUUUUUUUUAAAACCUUUUCAGUUAAGAAAAUUUACAUGGUCAGAUAAUAUGAUUAAUUUUUCAGUCUAAACCACUUGUCUGUUAUAAUUUAAACUGACAAUAAAUAGAAAUAUGGAAAUAAAAGUACCUAAGAACUAAACACAAAAAAUAAUAUAGAAAUUUUAAUUAUAAAUAUUUUCAGUACUGCACUACCACUAGUUUUUCUUCAGAAGCCAUUUUCAUCAGGACCACCACUGUCUAAACAUCAGGUAAAUAUUUUAAGUGUGGUUUCAUUGUCAUCCAACUUAAGACAUAUUUUUUACCAGUAUUUUAAAUCGGUGCUAGUGAAAUCUUAAGAAAUAAUUGAUUUAAUUUUUUAGUGUUUUCUAAUGAAAGUAAUGCAUUUUAGACUAGAGUGUGAAAAAUUGUGGGAAAUUGUUUUUAAAAUUUUAGAAUAUGCUAAUAUUUCAUUUACAGUGGUUCAGAGUAUGGAGACAUGCCCUUAUUGGAACAGUUAUUAGCUUUUUAUGGAUCUUUGGUCUAACUCUUUGUGGGCCUUUGAGGUAGAUGUGCACUGAUGGAAUGAAAUUUCCUGAUGUUUGUUAUAAAUAUGAAAGAAGUGCUCUAUAAUAUCUCUGUCGAGUAUGGGAGUUCAAUAAUAAUUGUUGCGACUGAAUGUUAUUAUUUAUUAUGUUUCAUUAUGCUCGAUGUGUGGUUGAGAGUUUUAUUAGUUAGUGAACGCUUUUCCCGCGCUUGACUUGGUGACAUAAUUUUAUGCUCAUUAUGACAUAUUGUCUAGACUGUAUUAUGAUAUACGUCUGGCAGUCGUGAAUGGAACUUUGUGGAAGUAGAAUGUGUUUUAUUUCUGUCUGAUAGUUGCACUAUAUGCAUGCGUUUAUGGAAAUUAAAACCUGUAUUUAUAAUUAGGUAUUAAAGUUACAUUUAUUGUGAUAAAGGACUUGAGUUGAUUCAAUACUAGUAUGACAUAUUGCAACGUGUGAAAGACCCUGACGAAUUAACCAAUCUAGUAGAAACAAGGAGUUGACAAUGAAUGACAAUCUCCACUGUUCACAGUAAAUGUGUCUGUUUUUCGCAGUAAAAACAAAAAGAAACAAAAUUUACACAUAUUGGAAAAUGCACACUUAUUUAACAACCAGAGUUGAGUUAAAAAGAUUACUCAUAGAGUAGGUUUUAUGUCCAUUGAGAAGUGUUAAUGUUGUUACUUUGAAAUUUCAUUGAGAAUCUCAUUUGAAUUUUACAUCAUUUUUUUUCUAGAACAAUUAUUUUAUUUGAACACAAUGAGCUUGUUGUCAUAGCAGGAGCCAGUGCACUUUUCACUUCCAAUGGAGGAGGUGGUGGGCCUUCUAAGGUAAUUCAAAAUUUGUACUUAUUCAGACAUGUUUAUUCUAUUUUAUUUUUAAAAUUCAUUUAUUACAAAUGAUUCAUAAUCUUAAUUCUGAUGAAUCAAUAGAAUUAAAAAUAUUAAGAAUGAUCAGUGUUUUUUUAGUUUUUCUAAUUUUGCAAGGAAGAAAGUAACUACAUGAAAUUUACUGAGUACAAUUACUGUAUUUUAACAAAUAAAUGAGUUUUUUUAAAAAUUAUAUUAAAUGUAUUGCUGCUCAGUUGUGUAAACAUUAAAGGAAAGUGCAGGGCAGACAAGAAUACAAUUAAUUUUUUUUUUAAAUAGUUGCAUCACAUAACCUGUGGAAUACUUUUUUUUAUUACUUCCCUUCCACUCCCAAUAAAAUGAUUGUGGUGUGAUUUGUAUUUUAAAAUUUUAAACCAUUUUCAUUUAAAUAUAAUUUGACAUUUUUUGUAUUAAUUUCAGGCUAGAGGUGCUAUAUUUUUCAUUGUGGCAGUUAUAUCUCUCCUUGUAUUUGAUCACGAUGAAAAAUUAAGCCAUAUGGGGGACCAUGAUAAUAAUGGUGAGUUCAUAUGAUGGUAAAAGUUGACAAAAAUUAAAUGAAGUAUGAAAUCAAGAUUUUAAAUAUAACUUCAUACCCUAAAAACGAAGUUAAAAAAUGAAAACAUUUUUAUAUUUUCAAACUUGUAGUCACUGUUGUCUUAACCAAAAACAUUUAUGAACUAUGUCAGUUGAUAUCGUAUUUUCAUGUUUAUACGAUGGAUCUUUUUCAUUUCAUUCAUUUGUUAUAAAACAGACUUCAAAUUAAGAUUUAAUUUCAUUUAUUCUUUUUUUUUUAAAGACGGUUUAUGACUUAAUUUUGGGUUGUUGUUUUUUUGGAUUUUUUUUUUUGUUUUUUUUUAGUCUCAGUUGUAGUGGGGGGCGGGUGUGGGGGUGUGGUGUUUUUUUUUUAGUUUUGUUUAUUUAAUUUUUGUUUAUUUACUUUUUUUUUUUAUAUUUUUAUGUUUAUACGAUGGAUUUUUUUCAUUUUAUUUAUUUGUUAUAAAACAGACUUAAAAUUAAUAUUUAAUUUUAUUUUUUCUUUUUUUUUAAAGACUGUUUAUGAUUUAUUUUUGGGUUGUUGUUUUUUUGGAUUUUUUUUUUUGUUUUUUUUUAGACUCAGUAGUAGUGGGGGGCGGGUGUGGGGGUGUGGUGUUUAUUUUUAAGUUUUGUAUAAUAAAUUUGUGCCUACUUACUUUUUUUAUUUCAGAAAAUAUUCAUCACAACAUUUUAACUCAUGUCUUUAAACAUGGGAUUGAUUUCCUGGGAUGGUCAGAUCAUAAGGUCAGUUGAUGCCAAAAUUUCUAAUAAGAAUAAAUAGCUUGAUUUCCUCAUAAAAAUAAAUAGCUUGAUUCCCUUAUAAGAAUAAAUUUAAAAAACUUGAUUUCCUUAUUAGGAUACAUCAAAACAAGGAUCUUUAUAGUUUUCUAUUUAUAUAAAUGUUUCUGCAUCAUUUUCAUAGAAAGAAUAGGCUGCAGAAAGAAUAGAAAUUAUACAGAGAAAUGAUGCUUGUCACACUCGCCGUCUGACAUUGAACAUUUGGUUACACUUCCUGUGUAAUCUCAACAAUGAAUUUGAUACAGUUUUUAAAAAGUAUCCCUGAAAUCAUAAAAUCAAAAUCUAUAUAUUCUCUAAUUUUGUGUUCAGAAUCAGAAAAAAAUCCAUACCCAAAAUCAAGAAUCAGAAAUUGACUGAAAAAUUAUUUCUCUUUUGCCCAACUUUGAUUGUUUCUUUUAUGUUACACUAUUUAUUUAUUAAUAGCGCAAGUGAACUUCUUUAAUAUUAUCUUUUCUAUCCAUCUCCAGGGUGGUGUUGUGCUUCUGUUUCUCACCCUCUGCCUGCAUUCAGGAUACACAUCUGCGUCCAAAAAGUUGUCAGUUGAAGUGGGGGGAGCUAAACGUCUCCACAGUCUAUCUACACUUGUGUCUACUGGCUUUCUUUGGCCAUGGGCUUGCUUCAUUUAUUUUACUACUGAGGUAGGCAACAAUUUCACAUUCAUUAUUCCUAUUUUGAUGAUUAAUAACAUGUAUUUAACAGCAGUUAGAUAUAGUGUUUGGCAGAUAAAAAAUACCUCUAUUAUACUUGUAAAUAAAAAAAUUUUUAUAAGCAGUGCUUAAGAGAGAUAAUAUUUUUUCUAAUUAUAAAAUAAAAUAUAAACAUUUAAAAUUCAUUAUAUCAUUUAAAUUAAUUCUUCUCUGAAUGUUAAAUAAUUUCAGAUUGAGAUUCAGUCUUGGCUGUACCUGGUUUUUCCAUUGCUGCUAGUUAUAUUAUUUGUCGGUGUCUUUGACUUCUACUUUGAAAGUCUUGCUGCUAGUCAUCUCCAGCCAAUUAAGGUUGUUAUCUUAGCCCCGGCUGCCAUGUUUAGUGCAGCUAUAAUCCUCAGCCUGACAUGGACACAUCCCUAUGUCACCAGAGUAACAACUUUACACAAGCUGGAGGACAUUAUCACAGAGGAUCAUGUCUUGUCUGGGGGUGUUGUAUUCAGUGUUCUGGCAUUUCUCUUAGGUAUGCUCUCUAAUUUAUUUGUAUUGUAAAUAUUUAAUAGUCAAAAAUAGAUAAAUGUAUUGUGUUUUGUAAAUUAAUUCAUUAAAAUAUUUAAAAACUCAAAUGAAAUUACUGUAUAAUUUUACCAUUACAAAAGAUUUACAUAGUUUUCUUAUAGAGAAAAUAAUUUGUUGACAUUCCUGUUUUUGUCUUUACAAUCAUCCAAAAAUGAUUUAAUCAUUGUUUUUUUGGGAUGUAAUGACAAUUAAUUUUUGAAUUAAAAAAUGAAAUGAAAAAUGUUGCCAUAUUUUUUAUAACCUGAGGUCCUCAUACCUUUGUGCUUUCUCUUCUUAGCCACCCGAAUGGUCAUGGCGAGAGGACGAGCUGCAAAGGGUAGUUUUAUAGGCUACAACCCAGCUGGCCUGCCUCUGUACUCAAUAGCUCUUCAGAAAACCUCUCAUUCCAUUAUUUCAGUUUUAAAAAGUGGUUUGAGACAAAUUUUGGAGGAUGGAGAUUCAAGAAAGAUUUUUUAUUUUCUUUGUAUUAAUCUAUGCAAGUAUUUUCCUCUACUUUUUAAAAAAAUCUAACAAAGAAGAUUGAGGGAGUUGAUAAAAUUUAAGCAAUGAAUUUCUUAGGCUACGGUACUAUUGGAAUAGUUUUUUUAGGCUACGGGUACUAUUGGAAUAGUUUUAAUUUAAAUGUUAAAAUAAAGAAAACCAAUGUGAAGGUAUUAAAAGCAAUCUUGGCAGACUUCUGCAUGGUCAAUUUCAUUUUGCAGGAUUUUAAAUGGAAAUUUAUUUAAAAAAAAACACCUAUAUUGUUUGAUAUAAAUUACUAUUUGUAUUAAAAAAUAAGCAUUUACUCUGAAAAUUCAUAUAUUGAAAUAAAUUACGUUGAUGAAAUAUUUCUUAUAACUACAUUUAGUUUAAUUUAAGAUUUAACUUUCUCUUAAUCUUAAGAUAAAUGUCUUAAUUAAUGUUCAAAAACUUAUAAUAAAUUAUGUUUCCAUUGUUUGACUGUCAUUUCACUAGGUUUUACAUUUGUAGAACUGCUAUAUGGAGUCUGGACUAACAGUCUCGGGUUAAUUUCUGAUGGCUUCCAUAUGUUAUUUGACUGCUCAGCUCUUGUCAUGGGACUCUAUGCCUCAAUUAUGGUUAGAUGGAAGGCAACCAGAGUUUUCUCUUAUGGGUCAGUAUAUUUCAAGAACAAGGCAUAUAACUGAUAAAUGCAGGCAGCCUUUGCAACUAAAUUUUAUAAACCUCCAAGAGGCUUUACAUGAAACACGUAACGAUAAUCCCAAUAUUAAUUUAGUUUUAAAAAACACAUCUUGGGAUAUUGAAUCAUUUUUGUUAAAUAUUUAUGUUUAAAAUAAAUUAUUUAAAGCAUUAGAUCACUUACUAUUAAAACCUAUUAUCACUGAAGGGUCUAGCAUAAUAGAUUUUUAAAUGGAUUUUUUUAUUUUCAAGUUUUGACCGAGUUGAGGUUCUCUCUGGAUUUGUGAAUGGUCUGUUCCUAGUGAUCAUUGCACUUUUUGUUUUUGCUGAGGCCUUCGCUAGAAUGUUUGAGCCACCUGAAGUUAUAACAGAAAGAUUGUUGGUGAGAUUUAGAUCAUUUAAAAAAUUCAUUUCACUAUGAUUGCAAAGCAAAAAUCUAUAACUCUUUUGUCGGUUUAGAACAUAGUCCUAAAAGCAACACUCAAAAAAAACAAACAAUUGAUAUAUAAAAUAACAUAGAUACUGUUAAUACUAUGACCUAAUAUUCAGAACUAAUAUGUUUGCUCUUAUGGGACAUUUCAGAUUGUCUCUGUACUAGGUCUACUGGUGAACCUUAUUGGAAUAGUUGCAUUCCAGAGUUCACUUUCUCAUGGUCACAGCCAUGGAGGUUUGAGCCAUGGACAUGGCCAGAGUCCAAGUGGUGGUGGGGAUAAGAGUGUAGGUCAUGGUCACAGCCAUAGUGUAGGUCAUGGUCACAGCCAUAGUGGAGGUCAUGGUCACAGCCAUGGGUCAGUUUCCCAAGAGUGUAGCCAACCUCCAAGUGUCUCACAUGGUCACUCUCACCACAAUACAAAUAUGGAAGGUAUGAAAUUCAAUCAUCUCUACGUCAUGAUAAAAUAAAGUUUUUAAAAUUUAAUUUUAAAUGAACUGUUUUUUCAACCAAAUAUUGAUCACCUAGUUUUGAGAAAAUGAACCUCAUCUGAAACUUGAUGGUAUGUGCAUUGCUCAAUAUCAUUUUAAAACCUAUUAGUAAUAUUUCAGCCAGGUUUUAGCAGAGGCAUCUGAUUGACUAGUGACUUCUAUGACAGUAUUGGGCUGUAAAUGCAAGAUCUAUAUAAACUUAGCAUAAAAUGUUACAUCUCUCAUCUCUUGCUCCUCUUUCUCUCUUCUCUCACCUCUCUCUCUCUCUCCCCUUGAGAAAAAAUUCUGCGAAUGCAUAUUUUUUAAAUGUCAGUAAAUAUCCAAUUUUCUUUAAAGAAAAAAUUAAAAGUCAUUAUUGUAGAUUAUAAUGUCGACCAUAGAACCAUAUUUGCUGACUGAUCACAUUUUUGUUUUUUAAAUGUAUAAGUUAUUUUUUUCAAAGCAUGCUUAUUAAUUUGUAAAGUGAUAUAUUAGGCCAAUCAUUGAUUAUCUGCCAAUUAAUUGAUGCAACCCUGAUGUAUGUAUUUGUGGUGUGGUUGGUGGAAAAAUGUCUUGCCAUAUCUAUGAAGUAUAAAAAAAAGUUUCAUAAACAUACAAGGCUUAAAGGAUUGUUAAAGUUAAUUCAUUUUUUAUAUAUUUUUUUUUCAUAUCAGGUGUAUUUCUUCAUGUUCUAGCCGAUACUAUGGGCAGUGUUGGAGUCAUUGUGUCUACUCUCCUUAUUGAAAACUUUGGCUGGAACAUAGCUGAUCCCAUUUGCUCCCUAUUCAUUGCUACCAUGAUAUUUUUAAGUGUUAUACCCCUGUUAAAGGAAACUGCUGUAAUACUCAUACUGAGAUCUCCAGCUGAAUUUGAAGACUCCAUUUCUAAUGCCUUACAUAAGGUAAGGGUAUUAAUUUAUUUUUAUUAACUUUUAGAACUAGUUUUGAUUUUUUUUUUUUUUUAUAUUAAUUUGAGACCUCCUUUACUUGUAUUUGAAUUUUUUCAAAGACUAAUUUCUAUUUGACUAAUUAUGUGUAUAGUAUAAUGGAUUAUUUACUUUUUUUUCUUCUCACAGAUAACAACCAUUGAAGGUGUUUUGUCUUAUCGAGAGCCUCACUUUUGGUCCCACACUGCCAACAAAGUUCUGGGUAUGAUUCAUGUUCAAGUGUGGCCUCAAGCCCAGGAGCAGCGGAUAAUUGCUCAGGUUUGUUUAUCAAAUGCAAUCAAUCAACUCAAAAAGAGCUCUAAAAGAUAUUUCAAUUUUAAAUUGCUUUUAAAAAAAAGAAAAUUACCUCUUUUUUUAUUUGAGAUUUCUAUUUAAAAAAACUGAAUUAUAAUACUUUAAAUUAUUUUUAUUUCUUAUGUCACUUUAGUUAAGUUAAAAAGAAAAUAAUAUUAACAUCUGUAGAUUGCAGUGUAAAUAAGAGCUUAUAUUGUUUAUGUUUAUGCUUUUUUUUUUUUAAAUGCAGGUGACAUCAGUCUUUAAAGAUGCUGGUGUAACAUCAAUAAAUGUACAAGUUGAGAAACAGUCUUACUUCUUCCAUUUAUCUGGUCUUGGGGCUUCUACUGUCAACAUUACUCAGUUCUCACAGCCUCCACCUCACAAACUUUCUGACCCUCUCAGCAUUAAAGCUGUGUAAAUUAAAACUCUAGUUGAAAUUUUAUUUAUUUGACGCUUUUGUGAUACCUACAUAAGGGGUUGUUCGUAAAUUACGCCAUGCUAAAAAUGACCUUUUAGACACCAGCACG